AAAAUAUUUUAUUUACCCAAAACUAAUUUCUAUACCGAACAUUUCAGGCUUCCGCUCUAUCUACAACAUCACACCAAAGCGAAGAAAAUGAGAAAAAGCGCGCUUCAAUCUUGGAAGUCAUCACCCAAUUCACAUGGCCUACGAGUUCGCGUACUCACUCACACGCCGGGGCCACAACAAAACAGCACAGCCUGCCCGCAAUGAGGCAAACAUACCAAACCUAAACCUCGUAAACCUGCGCAGGAAAUGAGAUUCUAAAGAGGGGCCCAUCUUCCAGAGCCCACCGCGGCGGUAUGAAGCUGGUGGCUAAACUCUUACAGAAAUGGAGGCAUAAAAAACAUACACACACACAUCGUCAAAGUGGCCGUGGUCUGCGGUCACGAUCGACACAGUUAGUUACGCGGAUGUGUUUGAAUCAAGCGACGCGGUCUGGGUUCGAAACGGCCUGAAGGAACGGGUUAUGCUCGCAGGCUGCACUGAUCUCGAACGAAUCAAAGCUCCACACGAACGGUGCAACAAAAUGGAAUUGCCCGAUAAAGGGAGAGAAGAUGAAGGAAAAGCUUGCGUGAAAUGAGAGAGAGAGAGUGAGUCAAACAAAACGGCCGAAGGAGAGCGUCUUCAGGAGAGAAGCGCACAACGAUCUUGAACUUGGAAGAUCGCUUUUCCGCCACGAUCAUGCUCCAUCCGUUGGCAGUACGUUGUGUGCCAGUGUCGUCUUUGGAAGUCAGUGUACUUUCGCGUGUACGUGCAGCACCAUUUUUAGCCCCGCCGUCACGACCUAACGGUGCAUUUGAUUCACCUGGAGAAACUUGCUAAAGGUGCAACGUUAAAAGCGCCAGUGCUACACGGUAGAAGAGUGUUCCAUUCAUUAUCUAACGAUGGAUUAGCUUUGAAAGGGAAACACGAAUAACAAAAUACAAAAAAAAACAGGAAUAACUUUGGUGGCGCCGGAAGAUUGCACAGUGUAGGAAAGUGUGUCACACUUAAUGCAAUGGAGCAUCCGCACCAGGUUUUGCUGAUGGAGAAGAAAAAGCAUGCCGAAGCAUCCUCCAUGUUGCAGGUGUAGUGCGAUGUAUUUAUUCGAGUGUGUGCCAGUGAAAGUGAAUAACUAAGUGUCUGUGUGAAGGAGGGAGUUUUUUGGUUUUUGGUGGAAUAGUUAAAGAAAGAAAAAGAAAAAUACGGAAGUAUUGCUGAUCUAAGUAAAAAUGGAGCCCAUCUAUGGAACUAAUAAGAAAUAUCUACAAAGUAUUGCCGGCAGCGAGUACUAUCGGAAUCCGAGCACAUUGAGACCUAUGGCAAAUGAGUAUGCAUCCUACCAGAAUACACUCGGGCGCCGAUCGACGCUGGUGGGACCGUACACGCACAUGAGCAAAUACUCCUACCCGACAGAUGUGAGCCUCAGCAGCCACUAUGGAUACACAUCUUGGGGCUUGUGGCGAGACAGUCGCAACUUGUCAUCCUCACUGUACGCGAAGAAGCAGAAAAAUAUCAAAUCCUUCUCCAUAUUAUUGAUGUCGGCGGCGUUCAUUGUCGUGCUUGCCGUACUUUGUGUGGCCGGUUUAGCAUUCUACUUUAGCACGUUCAAGGCAGACUUAAGUGAAACAAUUUUGGCUUUCGAUUGUACAUUCCGCGUUGCGCGAGGAGAUAUCUACACGACCGGAUUGCGAACAAACAGCACACCGGUGUACCGGCAGAAGACGGCGUUCUAUGAAAAACUGAUCGAAACAUCGCUCGAACGUAGCGGUCUCACCGUUUCCCGCACGGAAAUCAUGAACUUUGGUGAUGGCCCAACGAUAGCGCUCAGCUUCCGAGUGUUUUUGGAUAUGCGAAAGAUUAAAAUCACUAUCAAUAAUGUGGAGGAGCACAUCAGGACCGCCUUUCUUAGUGAGGUGCUCAAUCCCAACUCAGCGUUCAAGAACAUACGCAUCGAUCCGGACAGUAUCGAGAUUAAGCGGCUACUCGACCAGGAGGUCCUGAAGACGGCCCUUCUAACCCGGAAUGAGCCAUUUCCGUCAGUGGUCAAAUCAUCGGGCAGCGGUGGAAGUUUGGAACAGGACCAGCGCCACGUCACGAAGAAGACCGGAGUAAUCGAAAAAACUAUCCACAAGUUUACACCGCGCGUCACACCGCUCCCACCGACCGGUUCCCGGCUGCCUACCGACGGGAGUAAAGGCAUCGUCGAGGCGGAAUCUGACAUUGACAUGGAUAAUUUACCGGUUAUACAAGGAUCAUUUGAGAUAACGAAAACAGAUGCCGACAUCACGCAGAAACGGACGAGCGGUAGCAGUACGGAUCCGGCCAGUCGAGUGCCGGUAGUAGCGUCGACGCUUAAACCGUUCACCGUUAGCCCGGCCCAGAUAACGGUCCGGGGCAACGAGAAGACGAAAGUGACGGAAAGCAUUAAGGCGAUGGUGGCGGGUACGGAUGAAAAACCAUCAACUGGUGGACACGGUCCGGUCGGGCGAUUUGGUCAGAACGCUGGUGGAAAGUCAAAAUAUGAAACGGCAACGGCUAAGAUUGAAAAAAUGGAUAAGCACGGUGCCACGACGAAGAAAAUUAAAACAACUUCACUCAAACCUUCGACCACGGGUGGAAGCGGCGCGGGACGACGGUCGACGACGGCGAAUGGAAUGGUUGGUCGUACCACAACCACAACAAGGUCGCCUACCACAACGGCAACAUCCACUACCACGACGACAACGACGAGUACGACACUAGCUCCAACUUUGCCCAUCCGUAGCACGUCUACCGUAAGCGGCAAAACACCUACGCCGGUCAGCAGUACAACAAGCCGGUUGACAACACUUCGGUAUCAGGUAUUGGCAUCACACGGCUCGUCGUACGAACCAUCAUCAAUGUCGGGGUCAGUCGGAUCGAUCGGUGCCUGGGAUGAGGAGGACGAGUCGGACGAGGAACUGCCGGAGGAGUCAUUUGCUGAGGACCAUCUGCCAGUGGUGGUCGAUGUGAUUGGGCUACCGUCGGAGACUGAUGGGGAUAUAAAAAAUGAUACACUUUUGGAGACCAUUUUUCAGGCCAUCAUUAACGACAGCAUCCCGGAGGAAUUUGCCUCGGAUCGGCGAAGAAUUGGGAGUCUCGAGCCCGACAGCAUACCGAAGCUGGACGUAAAUCUGUUCACCAGCGCACCAAUACUCGAUAAGCAACCUUGGCAUCCAAUCAAUCCCAAUCAGCAACAGCAGAUAAAGGCCGACCAGCGGACGGGCCUACCGGCCCGGAAGAAAGUUUCGCUGGCCGAGGAAAUUCUCUACCGGAACCGUCCGUCAGACAUUGAAAGUGUGCUAGCGUACACGGAAAAUCCCAACGGGCAAAUUUAUUACCAGAGCUACACCAACCCGAGCUUUGGUUCGUCGACGCUCGGCAUUGAGCCGCUCGGUGUGGCGGACGUCCGGCCGUAUCCGUUGCCGGUGGACAAAAUUCAUGAAGAGGUGAUACCGGAUUUCAAAUACCUGACGCCGACCGCCGUCGAUGCGAGCGAGCAGCUGCUUAACCUCACGCUGGACGACCAGAAAUUCGAACAUCUCGGGGAUGGCGUGAUUGCCAAAAAGCCGGAACAAUACACCACACCAGACGGUGAGCAGAUAACGACGACGGAAAGGUCCGACACCGUCACUCUCCAGACACCGAUGAGUGGCUCUUCCGGUGAGAGUCAAUCGUCCGAUGAAACCUCCACGGAGGUGUACACUUACGGGCCGACGGAGGCUGGAAUCGAUUCCGUACUAUCAGGAGGAUUGAACGGUACGCAUGAUGACGAACUCGUUGACGUUGCGAUGGACCUGGAGUCUCGCAACAGUCCGGAUGAUUCGGAACAGACGACGACCACCACCGGCCCGGUAGCUACCACCGUUACGGGAGUAUCUGAGCUAACUGAAGAUGGAACGGACCAGUUCUCAACAACGAUGCAAUCCACUACGCUUAGUUCGAGUGAAGAGAUUCAACGAGAAGCCGAGGACUUAUUGAUGACGAGUACUACCACCGAAACGAUGUCAUCAAGUUCGGAAGAAAUUACUACCAGUUCUGUAGAAGCUACACUCACUCCGGUCCAUGCACCGAGUACCAGUCAAUCGAAACGACCGUCCGCGACCUACGUCGAAGUGGAAACGGUAAAGUACACACCGUCAACCGUACCACCACCAACGACACACACGUUGCCGGAGCUGUUCCCCAUCACGAAAUGGGAGUUUGUAAACGGAACUCGUCGUACAACGGCCGAAAAACCGCCCACGAAGAAGGUAUUCAAUGAAACGCUCCAGGCCCUGGUGGUGGUAAAUGUGCAACCGGAUGGGACGACCGCACUGCCCCGGACGCCGCUAACGAACAUCGAAGACCUGAAGAGCAAUCGGCCCAAUGCGACCAAUCUGCAAAAUCUGUCCGACAUUUUCGAUACGCUAGCGUCCAAGCUGGGCAUUCAGCCGGAGGUGUCUAGCAAGAUGCCACCAUUUUCGUCACUGUCCAAGAUUAAGAAUCAAUAUCGUAACGCCGCGAACCGAACGGCCGGUACGGGUGUGACGCGUCCCCGCAAUCCCACAACCACCGUUCGACCGAAGCGUAAAAAGAACCGACCAACAGUUACGAAAAAUCCCUCCACCUCCACCAUUGGUUAUGUGCCAAGUUCCACCGCUGGGGAGCGUGUGCGGCUGAGCAGCACUACCGAGCUGUAUCCGGAAACGACGCCGAUGGCACGGGUCAUUCCGACCGUCAUUAACGAUGAAAUUGACGAUGUCGUCCCGGUCAUGCUGGAGACAUCGUCCGAACUAUCGUCCGAGCUGGCAGUCGUCGGUCAGGCGGAAGUUGAAGUAAUCGAUCCGAACCGCUACGAAGAGAUGCUAAACUCGAUGGCGCUAGGGCAUGGGAAGUUAUCGGCCACGACCACACCGUCUCCACCCUCUACCCUUGUGACGCUUCUUCCGGUAAAGUCUAACUCGGGUAUCCGCAACUUCCGACCGAAAACCAAGCGACCUCCGCCCUACGGGGCAACCACCAGGGCGCCCGCGGCUCAUAAUCAUGGUGAUAAAAAUGAAAGCAGAAAAAUGAACGAGGCGGGCUUAAAAUUAAUGAAUGCAAAUAAAACCGACGACGAUGACAGCCCAGCGGCCAGCACUGCCCAGCAUCACCAGCGACCGUCGUCGGUGGAACGGGUGGAAUCGUCGGUGGUGGCGCAACAGGGAAGUAAUAAAAAUAACACAAUGGUUGAAACGGUGGUAAGGGCCAGCAUGCGCUUCGAGUCGUAAAGCUAAACCACCACCAGCGCUCCGCAUGGGGAUGGGGAGGGGCCGGGAUUGAGAGAGUGCUUCGUCACGGUGAGCUUCCGGUUAAAGGGAACACGGUCACGGGGGAACAGUUCCGGAAAGCGUCCGAUCUGUGUGUAUGUGCGAGAGCAUGGUGAGUGAAAGGACAGAGUGGAAGAUAAAGGUGAUAAUUGAGUGACGGCAAACGGUGGCCACAAUGAGCGUGGUCACAACCAGCGUGGUGACUUCCAUCUUCCGUUCUUGACAACAACGGACCACAGGGGCGGUUAGUGCCACGGUUCGUGAUCCUAUGCACAAUCGCUCCCCGGACACGAGCUGGAGUGAGUUUCCCAGUGGUGUGUGCCACAGGGCGUCGAUGCAGGGCAGCGACUCUUCAAUCAUCCUGACCCGGGGAGUAGAAUUCCGCGAACGAACAAAAAUUGAGAUUUGCUUUUAAGACUUCCAACAGGUUUGUCAGGUUUAGAAUUUGUUUACUCUUAAGACUGAUUCUGUGCACAACGUUGGUGGACAGUGAGUUACAUCACCACCAAUCUUUUUUUUUAAUGUGCACCGAAAACAAACACAAGCUCGGUGGCUUAUGGUGAGCACAGGUUAGUUAAGAUAAGUAAAUCUAUAAGUAAGUUACCUACGAACAGCUACAAUCUAGUGGUGCUCGUAUUGAAGAUAAUUUAUUUCUCUCGACAAUCGUACUAUUAAGCAUCUGCAAAUGCAAGAUCGAGAGAUACACCAUGCCGUGUAAUCUUUCUCUAGCAGCAGUACUUAGCAGCAUCAAUAGCAGCACUUUUGCCCGUUUUGGAGUAAACACUUGUACAGGAGUAGCACACAAAGGCAAAGGUUAUAAUUGAUAAGUGUUCUAAUUUAUUUUCUGUAUCAUUUAACAUGCAUCUCGCAAGGUGGAAAGCUUACGCGUGCCGCUGCAACGAGCGGUCGGCUUGACCUGGAGGUUGGUUUUUAUUUUAAGCAACACGUGUGACGAAAACAAUGAUAUUGGAAUUGAUUUUAACUUGUACGCGGCAGGUGCUGUAUUUCAGUAAUAAAAAGUGACAUGACAUGAAACUAGACACGUGUGCGGGGUGAUUUAUGUAUAUAAAGUUAAAGACAAAGUUUGAAAGAUGUAUUUUUAGUUAGUAGUGUAAUAAGUUCUUCUUGUCGUGAUUUUAGCCUCAUUAAAUUUAUUUCCUUUUUUUAAAUAGUUUACAGAA